AUUUCCAGUGGGGAAGGAAAUAGACUUUAUGAACACAGAGUCAAACUUCACCUGCAGGAUUUUACCUGAUCUUUCUCAGGAUUAAAAUCAACACCUGGUUUUACUCCCUCGGAUUAAAACCAAUUUCUCUCCAUUGGCGCUAAUGACGUCAUGACGCACUGCAAUUAAACCAAAUGGAUCCUGUGGUUCCAGCAUGGCGAAAUAAUGAGCGAAUAAAGUCAACUUCAGUGAAGUGUCACUCAUAGUGCAUGUGGAGAGUCCGACUCUUAACCCGACCAAGAUAACCAGACACCAUGGCUGCAGACGACCACUACCUGCACACCUCCACCCAGAUUUUCGAAAACCUGAUGAUGGAUCAGCCCUGGGAGUUCACUCAUUUCCCCGGGAUGUCCCAGACAACGUCUCUGAGGACAGUGGACGGUCCGUACCUGCAGAUCACAGAACAGCCCAAACAGCGGGGCUUCAGGUUCAGGUAUGGAUGUGAGGGUCCGUCUCACGGGGGAUUACCGGGAGCCACCAGUGAGAAGAACAGGAAGACCUACCCCUCCGUUAAGAUCAGUAACUACCAGGGUCCGGCCCGGGUGGUGGUGCAGCUGGUGACUGCGCUGAACCCCCUCCCCCAGCUCCACGCUCACAGCCUGGUGGGGAAACAGUGCGAUAAAGGGAUCUGCGUCACCGACCUGCUGCCCAAAGACUCCAACAUCAGCUUCCCUAACCUGGGCAUCCUCCACGUCACCAAGAAGAACGUGGCCAAGACUCUGGAGGAGAGGAUGGUGGAGGCCUUCAGGCUCGGGUACAGCUGUGGCGUCUCCAUCCACCCCGAGAUCGACGCCCAGCAGGGGGAGGUCCGGGUCCCGCGAGAGCUCUCCGACCACCAGCGCAGUGUGAUCUGCAGCACAGCAUCUCAGCAGGCUAAAGAGAUGGACCUCAGCGUGGUACGCCUUAUGUUCACAGCGUUUCUCCCCGACAGCGACGGAGGUUUCACCCGACGCCUUGAGCCCGUCGUGUCCGACCCCAUCUAUGACAGCAAGGCUCCGAACGCCUCCAACCUGAAGAUCGUUCGGAUGGACCGGACCGCCGGCUGUGUGAGCGGAGGAGAGGAGGUCUACCUGCUCUGUGACAAGGUGCAGAAAGAUGAUAUCCAGGUGAGGUUUUAUGAAGAGGACGACUCGGGGUUAAUCUGGGAGGCUCUGGGAGAUUUCUCCCCCACCGACGUGCACAGACAGUUCGCCAUCGUAUUCAAGACCCCAAAGUAUCGCGACCAGAACAUCCAGAAACCCACGUCGGUGUUCGUCCAGCUGAAGAGGAAGUCUGACAACGAGACCAGCGAGCCCAAACCCUUCACCUACCACCCCCAGAUCAUAGAUAAGGAGGAGGUGCAGCGGAAGAGACAGAAGACGUUGCCAAACUUCCACGACCUCAGCGGAGGGGGAGGUGGUUUGUACCGAGGAGGAGGAGGAGGAGGCCCUGCUGCAGGAGGAGGAGGAGGAGGAGGUGGUGGUGGUGGAGGUUACUUCCAGGGCUUCACUACCUACAACUAUGGAGGAGGAGGGGGGGGGGGGGGUGGAGGGGGAGGAGGAGGAGGAGGAGGAGGAGGUUUCUCCACAGGAUACUCAGCUGGUCUGGGAGGAGGAGGAGGAGGAGGAGGAGGAGGAGGAGGCAUCAAACACAAGGGCGGCGCAGCAGGCGACAGCGACCCGGACGAGGACUCGGGGGUAGCUCUGAGAGCCGCUGCCCAGCCUGGAGGUCCGGAGCUGGGGGAGAGGCGUGAGGAGGAGGGGGUCAGUGUGGAGGAGGCAGGAGAACACAGAGAGGAGGUUUUGCUGCAGCUGCAGGCUCUGUUUCAGUACUCUUUGACCGGAGACUCUGCGUACCUGCUGGCUGCACAGCGGCCCCUGAUGACCGCUCAGGACGAGGAUGGAGACACCGGGCUCCACCUGGCGGUUCUCCACUGCCAGCAGGAGGCGCUGCAGAGUCUGACUCAGGUCGUCUCUGCUUUACCCGGACCAGAGGUUCUGAACACGAGGAACCACCUGUACCAGACUGCUUUGCACCUGGCAGUGAUAACGCACCAGAGGGAGGCAGUAGAAGCACUCCUAUUGGCCGGCGCUGACCCGACUCUGACGGAUCGUCACGGCAACACGGCGCUCCACCUGGCGGCUGGGUUGGAGGGAGGGGAGGGAGUGGUUCAGCUCCUCCUGCAGCGAGGAGACGUGAGGGGGGGACUGCAGCACUGCAACACAGCAGGUCUGUGUGGGAUCCACCUGGCGGUCCUGGCCAAUCAGCUGCCUUCUCUGCGGGAGCUGCUGGAGGGCGGGGCCGACGUGGAGGUUCAGGAGCGAAGCAGCGGCCGCUCCGCGCUGCACCUCGCCACUGAGGCCGACAACGUAUCGCUGGCCGGCUGCCUGCUGCUGGAGGGGAACGCCAAAGUGGACUGCUCCACCUUCAACGGCUCCACCCCGCUCCACAUCGCUGCUGGGCGGGGCUCUCUCAAACUGACCGCUCUGCUGAUGGCUGCAGGUGCGGACCCUCAGAAGGAGAACUUCGAGCCGCUCUUCUUCAGGGAGGAGGGCUGCUGCGACGAAGAGGAGUAUGAAGAUGAAGGUUACAUCCCAGGAAACACUCCCAUCAGCAUGGCGGCCAACACUCAGGUGUUGGAGCUUCUGAAUGGUAAAGAGUAUGAACCAAAAUCUCCACACAAAUCCUUCGCUUCUCCUCAAGGUGACCUGGCAAGUCUGGACGUGGAGGUGAAGCAGCAGGUGUGUUGCGCUCUGGAGAGUGAAGGAUGCUGGGAAAACCUGGCUCACAGUCUGAGCCUCGGGAUCCUCAACACGGCCUUCAGACUGAGCCCCUCCCCUGCCAAAACACUGCUGGACAGCUACGAGGUGUCAGGUGGGACGGUGAGGGAUCUGCUGGCUGGUCUGAGGUCAGUCGGAGAGUGCAGAGCACUGAGCGUCCUGGAGGAGGCGCUGCGUCACAGCGACGAAACUCAGCUGACCAAUGACAGCAGAGGUGAGGUUCAGCUGCAGGAUGUGAAGGCGGAGGUUCAGAUCGACAGCGGGGUGUGUGACAGCGGGGUGGAGCUCUGCACGGCCUGGUCAUCCAUCCCAUAAUUAACGAGUCAUUGACCUAUCGCUCCGGGCUGAGCCGAGUUCACAGUUAUACAAACUUUUAGCUGGUUUUUAAAGAAAUGCGUUGACAGAAAACUAGAGUUGUGUUGAUGGGUUUCCGCACUCCAACCAAUGAAUGUUAAAUAAGUGUUCAAAUGAAAUAUAAUGAUUCAAUUGACUUCAUGUUCAGGGACAGAAAUCAGACGGAGGGUUUUCAGCAGGGGAGUUUUACGUGUCCUGCUGCGGGGGGGGAAGGUGCUAUAAAAGUAAAAUGAUUGUAGAGAAAUGUUCCCCAAAGGACCGUUUUAUUUUAUAACUUCACUUACUGUGAGGAGAUGAUUCCUCCUCUUCAUACAGGCUGGGAAAUACCUUUUAAAGAGGCCCAUGUGUGCAUGUAAAUGGUCUGCAGAGGCUAAAAUCCCAAAGUUUCGGAACAUAGUGACAUCACUGUGGAACACUCUCGCUCGUAUUGGCUAGCAACUUCAACACAUCAGAAUCAAGUUUAAUCCUUGUACGUUUACAUAUACAAGGAAUUUGAUUUGGUGCCUGUGUUGUGCGUGAUAGGCUAAGGGGCGGGACAUCUCUAAGCAGUUGACCAAUCACAACAGAGCCGGCCAGCUUAACCAAUCAGAGCAGACUAGGCUCUGGUUUCAGACAGAGGGUAAAAAGAGGAGGCAGUAUGAGAAAAAUAAAUGGUGCAUCCUAGCAGAUAGGGUCGGUAAGAUGAAGCGAAACAAUCAACGCAGAAGUUUUUUAAUAAUGUAUCCAUGAAUCCGAUCCAAGAUGUCCAGUUUGAGUUUAAUGUUGCUUUAUCCUUUGAAAACGUGGGGGGGGGAAAUCAUGUUUUAUUAAGAUUUCUGAAUAUUUAUCUUUUGAAUAUCACAUUCAUCAUCCCUGAUAUGAAUGGGAGUGAAUCUGUGUUUAUAAAAAUAAAUGUGAACUGUCCGUAUGAACAGGAGGAAUCAUUACAACAACACAUAUUCACUUGUAAACAUUCAUAAAAUCAGUCUUCAUAGCACGGAAAGCUUUCACUGAAAGCUUUUAAAGACUUGAUGGUUUAACAAAUGUCAGUGUGAUCCCUUCUUCCUCUGAUAAAAUAAGAUGCAAGGCAUUGUGGGAAAGGAAGUCCAGAGCCCUGAGGAGUUGUAGUCUUGUCUCUAUUUAUAUCUCUACCCGGCUGUACAGUUCAACAAAAGCUUUACAUUGGUCGUUGUUUUUUAAUAAAGUGUUUUUUUAUAUACA